AGAAACACAGUCAUACUGAGAAGUUUGAAGAGGCAAGUCCAAAAAAGAAGAGCAUAUUUAUCUGAAGACUGGAGAUGCCUGAAUUAAAUGAGAAACUGACUUUUGUGGCAGUAGUGGCUCUGGCUGUCUUGACCGUGGUGAGGUCGUCCCCAGUGGUGGGACCGGAGCCAAUCCGCUGUGCCGCCUGUACACAGGAGAAACUGGACGACUGUCCUAUCGUCCCAGCAGACUGCAUGCAGGUGCUGAGGGAGCCCGGAUGCGGCUGCUGCAUGGCCUGUGCGCUGGAGAAAGGAUCGUCCUGUGGGGUUCACACAGCCCACUGUGGUGUGGGUCUCCGCUGCACUCCCAGGCCCGGUGAGGCCAUGCCGCUCCACGCUCUGACCAGAGGACACGGAGUCUGCACUGAAGACCUGGGCCAAGAUGGAGCUGGUGAAGUCACUGACCACGGAUCCCUUCACUACCUGUUGGGUCUCAACCUUCCCUUGGACCACCAAGACACAGCUGAGGGCCAAGACAGCCUCAAAGUCAAUGUCAUCCGCAACAACCUGGGGCAAGAGGGUCCCUGUCACAUUGAGCUGCAUGCAGCAAUAGACACGAUAUCCAGGUCUCGGCAGACACAAGGAGAGAAGUUCACAACUUUCUACCUCCCCAACUGUGAUCGGCAUGGCUUCUACAAGCCAAAGCAGUGUGAGUCAUCUCUGGUUGGACCUCCCGCCCGCUGCUGGUGUGUCUCUUCCUGGAAUGGGAAGAAGCUCCCAGGAUCGAGUGACCUGCUCGGUGACUCAGAGUGUCAUCAAGAAGUCACUCACUAAAGAAUGGACUUUAUCACUCACUAACGCAAACACAUAGACACAAGCAAAUAUGUUUUGGGUACAUCUACUUGCUCCACCUGAUGAACUGAGUUCCUUUCAU